AUGAAAGCUCACGCUGUCAUCACGCCAGAACUCAUCUGCAUGGUCUUCAAACAGAUGGGGAUUUACCCUUUAAGCCUAAAUAUAUUUAUUGAUAACAACUUCACCCCGAGCCAUGCAACCUCAACCUCUGCACACUUCCCCGAGUCCUAUCCCAAUAUUGCCACGUCAAGCAACAAGUCUUAUCAUCCCUCCAACAGCAGCAGCAAGAUGGACGAGUCAGCGGGUAGAAUUAGAUGCUCCCUCUCCCCACUUCCCUCCUUGCUUUCACACAUUGCUGGCCUCAAUCUCCCAGGAAAUUUUGGUCAAAUGUAUCGACCUGGUCCAGCAACGGCUCCAUCUCUGUCUCCCUCUCAACUUGGGCAGGACAUCCUCCCCUCUCCAACACCUUCUGAGGCCGUUCAUCCACACGCUCUCUCUCUGUCCGGCAGAGGACAUCAGCGCCAAUAUUUUACACACUCCUCCUCCUCCUCUCUGCGGUCAUUGAACAUGGUGCUUACAGAUUGGCAAACACUCAAUCUCAUUGAGCAAGACCGAGCACAGCUUCUGGCUAUAUGCCAGAAGCUAGAGGAGGAAUUAGAUUGGGUGCAGGCAGAAAGGGAUGUUGCAAAUGUGCAAUGCACUAUCAUCUCCCAUGUGGUUGAAGAAACACACAAGCAGCUGGGAGUGGUGACUAAGAAGAGGCAGCAGGGGACAGGAAAAAUCAAGGCUCAGUUUGUUAUUCACCCAGCUUUAAAGGUGCAUUUCAAUCAGGAAAAGGCCGAGCACAGCAAGAAAGCAAAGGAGAGGGCAGCGAAGGAUGCACAGAAGGCUGAGGAUGAGGCCGUCCAUACCAUGCGCAUUCACAAGGACACUGUCAAAGAAUUUUGA